ACUUCCUACUGUCAAGUAUCACUGUCAAAACUCUACUAGUUUUUUUAAUGGAAACUGUUUUGCCAACUGUACGGUGUAUUGUCAAUUGCAAAAUAAUGCAAUUUAUUUAUUGUUUACAUCUUUUUGACGAGAAAAAAACAUCAACACUGGAUUGUUAGUAAUGCGUACAUCUUACAAUAUAAAUUAAAUAUGUCGUGGCUUAAUUUAAAUCAAAGCUUGAACAGUAUAAAAGGACAAAUCACGAAUUUUGCUACGGAAGUUUUAACUGAGGCUGUCGCACCACUUAAUGAAGAAGAAGCUUCUCGAAAUGAUUCAAUAACUAGUGAUUUACAAGAAAAAUGUGAAAAACAAGAGCUCGAGAUUGCUGCAUUAAAGAAGCUGAACGAUGAACUUCAAACUUCCUUGCAAUCUGAGAGACUCUCGAGAAAAAAUGGCGUCAAAGAAGAAGAAUCCAACUGGUAUUGGGAUCCACCGCCUCAGACUUCGAAACCUUUCGACCAUGAAGUGGAAAAACAGUAUAAACUACAAAUUCAAGCAUUACAAGACGAAAUAUCCUCCAUAAAAGAUCGGGUCAACAAUGAUAGUAGACCUGAUAAUGACGAGGAACUGAACAGACUUCGCGAAGAAAAUAAAAACCUCACGAAUAGCUUAGAAGACUUGGAUUGUCAACACCAAACAGCUAUGGAAAAACUUCUGUCCCUUAAAAAAGAGUUACAGAAAAAUUUCGAGCUGCUAAAGCAAGAACACGAAGAAAUGAAAUAUGCCAAUGUUGAGUAUUCGGAAGAUAACAAACGUUUACUAGUGCAAUUGAGCGAUAGAGAUAAAGAAAUAGAGAAUAUGAAAUCUUUACACACUGAUUAUGAAACGCUUCACCAUAAAUACCAAAACUUAGAAAGAAUUCACAGCUUACUGAGAGAGAACGCAGAAAAAUUUCAAGAAGAAAACCAAGAGCUCCACGAAGAGGUGUUUAAACUGCAAGAAAAAGUUACAAAAUUGGAACAUGACAUUGAAGUCAUCUCGAAAGAAACAGAAAUGUCUGAAACGGUUCCUAAAGUAAAAUACGAAGAACUUCAGAAAAAGUUACAAGACAUGCAAGAAAGGCGUCCGACCAAUCAAGAUCAUUUAGACGAAAUAAACAUCGAUGAUAACGCAAAAAGUGUCAUAGAAACCCUAAAACGUGACAUCAGCGAUCUGAAACGUAAAUUGGCGGAACGUGAUAAUACUGAUUUAACAGAUAAUAAAACAGUUAAGCCCGAAAAAAUCAUGCAGCUUUAUAAUCGCUAUGUUAAUUUUGAUUUACCAGUUGAUUAUGUUGGGGAGAUGCCAUCUGUAGCAGAUAAUAUAGUAUUGUUUAAGUUGGAAAGUGUAUUUAAAACUAUUAACGCAUUUAAAAAAGAAAUUGAAACGUUAGAACAAAAAUUAUCAGAAAAAAAGCUUAAUAUUACCCAGUUAAAGACGCAAAUGGAGGAUCUGACUGCGGAAAAUGAAUAUCUGACAUCAGAUAUCCAGCAUUUUGAAAGUGAAUUAGAUGAAAUGAAGAAGAACAACGAUUUUCUCAUUUCAGAAAUAGCAGCCCUUAAAAACACUUCCAAACUUGAACCAAUAAUAGAGACGCACGAAGAUAAUUUGGUUAAGUUAGAAAGUGAAUUGGCUGAUUGUAAUCAAAUUAAUAAGACAUUUGAAUCAGAAAUAAUGAGAGUAGAGAAGGAAUUGUUUGAAGUAAAGUCAGAAAAAAUCAUUCUACAAGAAAGUUUAAAUGAUUUGCGGCAGAAAUAUACAUCAAUGAUUAAUGAAUUAGAAAUUUGCAAGAAUGAUACGAAGGCAGUAGAAGAGCUUGAAAGCAGCACUAACGUUACACAAAAUGCAAAACUCUUAAAAGCAUGUGAUGAUAUUGAUAAUUUUAAAAAACGAUUAUCAAAUGCUACUUCAAAGAACGAACAACUCGCUAUUGAUUUACAUAUUGUUGAGAAUGACAAGGUGUUACUUACGAAAGAGGUAGACGAGUUAAAAAAUGUGUUAGCGGAAAGGUCUUCUUCAAAUAAAGAGUUAGAAUCUUUAAAAGCUGUUUUAGACCAUAAGUUAAAAGACGUAGAAAACAAAUUAGACGCCAUGAUAAAACAUAAGCAAGAUCUAGAAAAUGAAAACUUGGAGCUAUUGGAAAAAGUGAAACUAUUGGAGUCAGAAAAGAAAAAUCAGGAGGAUAUUGAGAAAACGCUUAAACAAAAUAGUCAACUAGCGCUUGAAAUUGAAGACCUGCACAAAAAAAACUCAAAUCUUUUACAACAGUUGAAUGAACUACGUAAUGAAAUUACACUUCUGGGACAAGAAAAAGAUGAUCUUAUCAAUGAGAAUAACUCACUUAAACAAAAUGAAGUUAUUGAAACUGGUAAUCUUACAGAGCUGAAGAAAAUAACGAAUGCACUGCAGAGUAAAACUGAUGAAUUUAACACCUUAAGUAAUGAGUACUUAGCGCUAAAGAAAGAAAAUAGCAAUACCCUUGAAAAUAAGGCGCACGUUGAAACAGAGUUGGCCAAAGCUGAUGUUAAAAUUCUACACAUGCAAGAAGAAUUUGAUAAAUUAAUAUCCGACUUAAAUGUAAAAGAUUCUAUUAUUGAUACAUUAAAUAUUACUUUAAAUCAGAAUCAAGUAGCGCUUUCUACCCUCAGUCAAAAUGUAGCCGAUUUUGACAGCAAUAUUUCCAUUAAAAAUGCAGAAAUUGAUCGACUACAGAAAUCGUUGCAGAAAGUUACAGACAACCUAAAUAAAACAAUUGAAAACUCAAACCAUAGUCACGAGGAGCUUAAAAAAUUACAUUCUGAAAAAGAAGACAUUAAUAAACAAAUAUACACUUUAAAUGAUGAAAUCGUGGCUAAAAAUUCGGACAUAACGAAAUUAACUAGCCGACUUGAAGAACUUGAUAAAGUGAACACACAAUACAAAUUAAACUUAGAUAAUAAAGAUAAAGAAAUCAAAGAGUUGCGGCAAUCAAUCGUUGAAUUAACUGAUAAAAUCAAUUCAGAAACAACGACCGUUCAUAACGAUGUAUAUGCAAAAUUGCUAGAAGAUAAAGUAAGUACUGAGAACAAAUGUGCUGAACUAAACAGCAUCUUAACGUCAAAAGAAAAUGAAUUAUCAGAAUUAAAUCAAAAGCUUAAUUCAUUAGAAAAUACGUGUUCAGAAUAUAAACUAAAUAUCGAGAAAGAAACGGCUGAAAAGGCGGAGUUAAUAAAACUGGUAAGCCUUAAACAUAAUGAAAGUCUUCAAUAUCAUGCAGAAAUACAGCGUUUAAACCACGUUAUAUUAGAACAAAAUACUGAGUUCAAAAAAAUAUUUGAAGAAAAAGAUUCAUUACUUAAAAAUCAAACCGAGAGUUGUCUUAACUGUGAGAAAUUACUAGGCACAAUUAAAGAGAGAGACGAAGCUAUAGUAUCGUUGAACCAGUCAUUAAGCGAUUACGAAAGAUUGAAGGCUGAAUUAACAAAUGCUACAGAAACUAUGUGUAAUUUAACUAAGAAAUGCGAAGAUUUGGACAAAAGCUUAACUAUUCAGUUGGAGACCGUAAAGAAAUUGACAGCAGAAAAUAUACAGUUGUCAGAAAAAGAGCAAAAUUCGACGCGGGAGUUGGAGCGUUUACGUCAUCACCUGAUGGAGACAGAGGAGAGUUACACACAGGAGCUGAUGAUAUCGGAGCAGAAGCUAACGGAGUGUCAGACGAGAUUACACCAAGUUGAAGAUCGGGCGAAGCAGACUAGUACUGUAUAUACUAGUAAUAGCAUUCGAGCCAAUCAAGAAGUCGAGACCCUUAGGAAUCAAAUCAAACUAUUAGAAAAGCAACGAGAGGAUGUUCAGUCCAGGUUGAGUGAAGCCGAUGACGUGAGAAGUCGGAGUGAAGCGGCCAUUACGAACCUUCAAGUGGUCUUAGAACAAUUUCAAUUAGACAAAGAACGAGACAUACACGCUGCGACUGAGAGAAUAAGAAAUAAAAUGGAUGAGAUUAGAAGAGAAAAUCAGGGUUUACAGGAAGAAAUCGGUCGACUCAAAGCUAAAUUGGAAGAAUCCAUCGCUGGGCUACAGGCGGCAGCUAGGCUUGGAGAUCAGGUGGAAACUAAGACAGCUCAAAUUAAUGAUUUGAAGGAACAAGUACGUACAUUACAAACAACGAUAGCGGCGGCAGAGGAGCGAUACUAUAACGCAAUAUCGAACCAGCAAGACAAGGUCGACAAAAACCUUGUGAAGAACCUGGUCAUUAAUUAUGUGCUUACCGCGGGACAAAACAAUUUGAACAGGACACAAACUCUACGUAUCCUAUCAACAGUCCUAGACUUUAACAAACAGGAAUGCGAGAGGCUAGGCCUGGUUAAAUCCAGUACAGCACCAGAUAGUCUGGCUGCUGAGUUUGUGAAGUUCUUGCAAAAUGAGUCAAGGCCCCGACCGCCUUUGCCGGACAUUAUGAGUAUGCAGGCUCGAAGCUCAACACCAAGUACGUCGAGGAAAAGCUCAACUAUUGGUCCACAUCCAGCCUUCGAUCUCGGCCACAGGCGAAAUCCAUCAACGGGCUCCAACAACCUACUAUUCCAGAAUUUAGAUUCUGUGGAAACAUCCUCGCAGAAAUCUGCCGAAUCUGAAUCCAGGGUGAUACAAAUGACAACAUUGGAUACAGGGAUAAACCAAACCAGAAAUAAUGAGGGAGCUAUUUUGAAACAUGUUUUGAAAGAUAUAUAAUGGAAAGGAGAACGUAUGGAAAUAGUCAUCCUUAUUUCAAUACAUUAAGGUUGGUUUUGCAAUAACCUUAGGACGUGGAAUUAAAUGUACCUUGCAAUAGAGUGAAGAGUAAAAACAGAGUUUCCAUGUUCCCUUGCCAUCAAAGCUAAAGUAAUUUUCAGAGUCGAGACUUGCCAACUAUGACUAUAUCAAAAUCCAUACGAGAGCAGUACUAAGCGGUUUCGACUUUGUUUAUUACUAUAACUCAUUAUUUUUUAGCAUAGACCGAUUUAAAUGUAUCUGUCCGAGAUUGUUAUUUGUUAUAUUAACCUAGGAUUUUACGAAUAACAGUACUAUAGAAAUGUAAAUUCGUUUCAAAAGUUGCACUGAAAUUUUUCGAUCAUUUCUAAAUGUCAUUAAUGAGUUUAAUAAAGUAUGAAACGUGGACUUCGUAAUAUAUAUGUAAGAACUUUUUCGGGUGUAACCUGCGCUAUGAUUUCUCAUACAACUAUUUUAUGUAGACGUUGAUGUUUGACAAUCAACAACUUGUCAAUGUCGUGGAGAAUCUUUAAAAUCUAUAAAUUCAAAGACAAAAAGUGACAUUUAAUCAGAAACAGACUAGACAUUCAAUUAUGGAACGCGUAGUAACCGCCAUAUAUUUGCAAAUACACUAUUCUGUGAUAAAGACCUUUAAUUCGGAUAUUAUCUAUGUUCUAUUGUCACUCAAAUUGAUUUAGAAUUACGCUUUUAUGGUAUUGUUAUUCCUGUUUACGAUUUUAAGAAGAAGUAUGUGAUAAAUACGUAUUUAAAAAUGGCGUAAAAGUUCUAAAUGCCUUAUCUUUUUUAAAGGUAGCACCAAGCUUUAUUUCCUUGCACUUUAAGUUUAACGUAGUUUUUAAACAGUCAUAAAGCUUGGAGAUGUCUUUAAAUUAUCUCAUAUUUUAUACGCCAUUUUGUUUUAUUAAUAAAUGCGUUCUAUUUUAUUAGAUUGCUAAUCUUUUCAUAGAUUGGAAUAGUUUGUGUAUUCAAUUAAAACUUGUGCUAUAGCCUUGAUAUAUUUAAAAUAUCUUAUGGUAAUCAAUCAUGUACAUAAUGUCUUAUUAUCUAUUGUUAUUAUCAGAUUAUUAUUUGUAAUUUCUCUUUAUUUGUCACUGACGAUUCCUCUAUAUUUUUUUUAACUAUUUGUUAAUUUUAAAGCGUAUUUCACUAAAAAGCUUUUAUGUAAAGUAAUGUAUAUAAUAUUUAUGAGUUGUGCCUUACAUGUAUAUAGAUAUGAAAAUUAGCAGAAUUUAAAUAAUUCAGACGUAUUAUGUAUUUAUUUUAAAAAUGGAAAUUAAAUUUUUGGCAUUCCCAACAAUUUUUAUUAUUUUUUCUUGUUGAAUGAUUGUAUUAUAAUUUCAAUGUUUAUUUUAAAGCAUAAUUUAAUUUGUUAAAUAAUGCUUUUGUUGAUAAAUUUUACUGGGAUAUUUUUGCCAUGCUUGCUUUAUAUGCAUGAAUUUUGUGAAUAAUGUAUAAUAGCAAUAUACCUUAAAAAUAAUUAAA